AAAAUAAUUCACGUUCACAGCCUUCGAGAGUUAUCAUACCAAAUUAAACUCAAAAUGGAUAUCUUUUGUAUUUAAUUUAAUGUAUCUUUUUUAGCAAAGAUUUUCCUGUACUUAUUUCUAAACAAGAAAUGUUCUAUUUUCGAAACCUCUUUCAAAUCUUCUAGAAAAGCAAAUUUUGACACAGUUUUUGUCAAAGUCAAGACUGAAAUCGACGCAGUGGUUUGCAAAAUUUUCAAUUUGCAUCAUCUAUCAAUUUGAUUUGUAUCUAGUUAUUAAUUCUUUGUGCAGUACAGAAAAUGGCAUUGUCAAAAUGGAUUUUUGCAAGGAAAAGUCUUUUGGUGUUUUACGCGCCCAGGUAUCUUCAAGUGAGGCAUUACGAAAUGCCAGUCGACCUGCAGGAAGUGGCUACACAGGCGGACCCUAGCUUCUUCAAAAUGGUGGAGUAUUUCUACAACCGCGCUGUAAUGGUGGUGGAACCGUCGUUAAUUGAGUAUUUAAAGAAGCAUAGCCAUUUGUCGGAAAAGAAAAGGAAAAACAGAGUGGAUGGUAUCCUAAAGGUGAUGGGUUCCUGCAACAGCUCACUUCAGUUCGAAUUUCCCUUGCAAAGGAAGACGGGAGAAUACGAGAUCAUACAGGGCUACCGCUCGCAGCACAGUGUCCAUCGCUUGCCGUGUAAAGGAGGCAUCAGGUUGUCUAACGAAGUAAACCUUGAAGAAGUGAAGGCUCUGGCUGCACUGAUGACCUAUAAAUGUGCCUGCUCCAGUAUCCCAUUUGGAGGCUCCAAAGGAGGCGUGUGCAUCAACCCAAAGCAAUACAGUCACGCGGAGUUGCAGCGGAUCAUCAGACGGUACACGCUGGAGCUGGCGAAGAAGAACUAUAUCGGCGCCGGCAUCGACGUCCCCGCGCCGGACGUCAACACCUCCGGAACACACAUGUCGUGGGUCGUCGAUACUUAUAUCAAGACUUUAGGAUUCAGGGACAUAAACGCGGCAGCUUGUGUUACGGGCAAGCCGAUCAAUGGCGGCGGUAUCCACGGGAGAGUGGAGGCGACCGGCCGCGGCGUAUUUAUGACCAUCAGCCUGUUCAUGCACUCGCCGGAGUGGAUGAAACUGAUCGACUUGGAGCCUGGGUUCAAUGGCAAGACGGCGAUAGUCCAGGGGUUCGGGAACGUGGGCAGCUACGCGGCGAUCUACUUGGAGAAACACGGCGUUAAGAUCAUCGGCGUUGUCGAAUUCGACUGCAAUCUGCACAACCCUGACGGCAUUAAGUGUCAGGAGCUGCAGACGUACAUGCGCCAGAACCGCGGCAGCGGCAAGGGCUUCCCGGGCGCGCGCGACGGCGGCCGCGACCUCAUGUUCCAGCGCUGCGACAUCCUCGUGGUCGCGGCCAUGGAGAAGGCCAUCACGGUCGACGUCGCCAAGAAGCUCAAUUGUAGGGUCAUCGGCGAAGGGGCGAACGGGCCCACGACGCCGGCCGCUGACGUGAUCCUGCGUGAGAAGAAGAUCCUGGUGAUCCCGGACCUGCUGGCCAACGCCGGCGGCGUCACAGUCUCCUACUUCGAGUAUCUGAAGAACAUCAACCACGUCAGCUUCGGCAAGCUCAGCAUCAAGUUCUGGCGGGACUCCAACACCGCGCUACUAGAUUCGGUGGAGCAGUCCCUGAAGAAGGCGAACGUGGACGCAAAAAUCAAACCCACAGACUUGUUCCAAACCAUGAUAUCUGGUGCCAGUGAAAAGCAGAUUGUCAACUCUGGCCUGGAGUACUCUAUGACCAACGCCACUAAUACUGUGAUGGAGGCAGCUAAGAAACACAACCUCGGCUUAGACCUACGAACAGCGGGGUACAUCACGGCGAUAGAAAAGAUAUUUACCACGUACGACGAACAAGGUCUUACCAUAUAAGACCCCCACUUGAUUAAUUGAACUGGUCAGUUGAAGCUAGACGAAACACGUCAAAAAUGUUUAUUAAGCUAUUUUCGCGCGCUAAAUCAAGUAAUUGGCGCUACUUUUUUAUUGAGUAGCUUUUUCUUGUUUUUUACCAAAUCAUUUUUACUGGAAGAAGAGGAGAUCUAGAAGUGAUUUGGUAGAUGUGAAUAAUCAUGAAUUAAGGUAUUUUAGUGUGCUGUUGUUACUUUUUUGUCUGAAUAUUACCUCAUGAUUGUACAAAUUAUUUUGUCACAUAAAACGUGUUUUAUUUAACAGCUAUUGUGACGUGAAAAAGUGCAUGUGAAUCAAAUAAGACGAUUUGUUUAUGAUGUUCUUUCUAUUGCUGAAGGCAAAGUGCCAAAUAUAUACUGUAGAUUCCAAAGGAAGGUUUGGGUGUAUAAUUAUAUUUUUAUCCGAGCGAAGCCGGGGUAGUCCGCUAGUAUAGAAAUAAAAAAAAACUUAUGGUUUUAACAAUAUAUUACGUAUCACAAAUAUUUACAUCAAAUGGAUAUGUAUGAAAUAAUAGGAAGCUUGUACUCUACGCAUAACCUUCCAAAGACGCAUAAGGUACAUAGAGACUAACAUCUUUUGUCCUACGACUUCAGUCUAAACUUAA